AAACACAUUCGGCUACUUAACUAAAAGACCGUACAGUCCAGUACAGUGCACAUACGUCGCAUAAAAAAGAAACGGUAGCCUAACUCAAAACGACGGCCAUCAGCCAACAGAAGGUGAGAGAAUAUCUAUAAAGUGGAGCCGAGUGUUUAGCGGGCGAUUCAGUCGAUAGACCAGCUACCGGGUCCGCCGGAUGAGUCUCUCUCGUCCGUUCGUCUUAAAAUCCCUUCAGACUUACCCGACCAAAUUGAAAAUGGAUACGCCAACAAAGUGCUUCGUGUUGUUGAGUCUCUUGUGUCUGUUUUGCCAGCCCUGUCGGACUCAGAGCAACGGCGGAUUCUUCGCCAAUUUCGCCCAAAUCUUCCAGCGACGCACUUCGACGCCGCCCACCGAAACCGUCACCGAGCCCAUCACCGUCUACUUGACCCAAUACGAGACGCAAGUCAAGACGGAAACGGAGCGGAUUACAGAGACGGAAACAUCCACCUUGUCCUUGUCUUGGCUCAGAUGGACGACGCAAACUGAGCGGGAAUUCCUUACCGAAACCGUGACGGAAACGUCCACGUCGGUCGACGUUUCUCUGCUCGUCAGUGUGGCCGUCGUGACGCUCACCGAACGGCUGACGGCCUUCCAGACCGUCACUUCGACGGCCACGUCCUUCUCCACGCUGUCAAAGACGCUCUACUCGGAGUUUGUCGUGACUGAAAUCGCCUCCAAAUGUCCAACCUACACCGUCAGCGUCGGCAUGUUGCAACGGCACGGGCAAGUCGAGGAGUCUAGACGGGCGUCUGGGGCGGAUGUGGCCGCAUUAGACGACGAACUUCACUUCUCCGAUGAGGAGUUGAUAAAAAUGGACGAGAUGGCCGCUUCCCAGUUGCAGAAGAACAUUUUGAACAAUCAAAAUGUGCACACCUUCAAGGUGGACGAGUUUGUCCACUUGAAACCGUCGGUGGCUCCUCCGGCUCUGAUGCAGGAUCCCGUCGACAUAGACGACAUGGAUCUGGUGGCCAUGCAGCGCAAUUUAGAGUUCGGUGACUUGUCGCCGAGUCUUCCGGAAAAGAUGCCGCUUUACGGGAAAGUGGGUCAAGUGAUGGAGAAACGGACCGGAUUGGGAUCCCAGCAGGACCUGGAAGUGGUUGACAUUGGCGAUCUUGACCUGGUGGAUGGGUUCCUACGUCGAACGGCCGGCCAGCUGACGGCUGGACCGAAGAAAUUGGCUGGCAUUCCUCAUCUCAUUAAACAUUCUAGCAUCAUCGAGUCCUCAUUUCCAUCUCGACAGCGUCAAUUCCAGGUGGCAGAGAAUUCGCAGGCCGACAUCACGGCCAAUUUGAAAUUCACUAACUAAAAACACAAAAGAUUUAAAGCUUUGCGAAACAAAUUUGUGUUAUGUAACGGGUUCUUACCGGGUUGUUGCCCUUUUGUCUCCUCUACCGAUCCUGGUUUAUUGCUGCUGUCUGACGAUAUCUAUUUAUUUGAAAUGAAAAAAAAAAAGAAAAUGAAGGUGGGAAAUUACUAUUUAAUUCGUGUAGGUACAAAAUACAACGAAAAUAUUAUUGAAAACUUA